AUGCCGAUGCCAAACGGGCCGCUGGCAGCCCUCGAGGGCCGCGCGUCCGGCGCCAUCGGCAGCAUCAUGGGGUACUUCCGGCGCGACGACGGCGUCGUGUGGAAGCAGACCAGGGCCCCGCUGGUGGACGCCCUCGAGACCCCGCGGGUGGAGUUCGCCCCCGUCAGGCGGGGGGACAAGAAGCGGGCCGUCCCCGCCGUGGGGAGGACCGUCCUGCUCCCCAGGAACGUGGACAGCGGCGGCGUCAACUGA